CUGUUCACAGAACAUGUUCGUUGUAAGGGGGUCAAAACAUCCCAUCCCCAGCACGGCCUAAGUGCCGAAAUGGGUACCAUCAAUUUGGAUGCAAAUAUUUUUCACCGUCACCUUCGCCUGGGAUUGCUCUCUCGCUGCAAUGCAACAGAUGACAGCCCGUUUAUUAUGGUUGUACCAAGCGCCCUGUGGACAUGUCUGGGACCGCGUUAAAGGCGGUGCCAUCGGCGCCGGCAGGGCAGUGACGAGGCGGGCCGUCCCGACGGAGGCGCCUCGUCCCGUGGUGGGGCCGUCGAACGCCAGAUCUACCCGGUACCGGCCGGAGAGCGCUCCGCUGUAGACCCCUGGACUGACCGGGAUGAGACUGGCGAUGGCGGCGCCCGGUCGGUGGCGACCACCGGCCUGCCCGUGGCUCCUGUCGGCGCUGCUGCUGCUGCUCAGUGGCUUCACAAGAAGCGCCGCUCUCAGCUGUAUGGGAGACGACUUGAACGGCAUGGGCACGACAUAUCCUAGCCAGGAUAUCAACGUGCGGCCCAACACGGAGUUCAGUAUUACCUGCCAGAUCGACCCGGCCCACCCGAAGGUGGCCGGCUACACGGCCAACGAUCUCUACUUCACGCGCUCCGAGGAGCUGGCCGUCGGCGGCUUCCGACGGACGGAGGUGGCCGCAGAUAACUAUGAGGUGUUGAACAGUACCAUGCUGCGGCUGACGGACCGGCUCGAGAGAAGAGCCCGCUACUCGUACGCGUGCCGACUGCGUCACAAGACCACUCCCACCAUGGGCAUCUGCACAAACAACGUCAACAUCGGCGACCCUCCGCUGCCUGUGGAGGGAUUCCGGUGCGUCUCACAAAACUGGCAGGCGGUCAACUGCACCUGGCGGGAGCCGUUCAACGCAAUCCGCACUCGUUACGAGCCCGAGUACCGCACGAUGACGCGUAUCGCCCGGUACAGAAAGCCGUGCAACAGCACCGCGAUCCGGCGGCCGCUGCGGCCUGGUCAGACUCGCACCGUCUCCUGUCUCGUCAGCGAGAACAACUUCCGCUUCUCGCACGAGACGUUCCGCAUGGUGAUGAACGCCUACAACGAGCUCGGCAACGCCAGCAGCGACUUCGUCCUGAGCACCUACGAGAUCGUGCGCCCGGCGCCUCCCGUCCGCGUAUGGGGCACCAACCUAACCACCAGCUCUGUGCGGCUGCGGGCCGAGAUCGGACACCCGAUGGCCAGCUUUCCGAGGCCGAUCGACUUCUCCGUCGAGUACACCUCUCGCUGGAACCAGACGCCUCAGCCGGUGGACGCGUCGGCCAUGCAGUUCAUGCACAACUCGAAGCACACCAAGGGCCGGAACACGACCAACGACACACUUGUGUCCGGCCUCCUGCCCAACACAGACUACCGGUUCGCGGUACGCAUGCGGAGCAGUAUGGCGGACGUGGUGACUUACCCAGACCUCUGGUCGCCGCCGCUGGAGACCGUGCUGCGCACUCAGGCCACCGUGCCGGCCGCCUCUCCGCGCACCACGCUGGGCUCGUUCGACCUAGUGGGCCGCGCCACGUCCCGCACCGUCUACGUCUACUGGCAACAGAUCGAGGCACAGCAGCAGAACGGUCCCCAGUUCCGCUACUGUGCCGUCCGGCUGCGGCCGGGCCGCGCCGCCGCCUCUCCCGACAACACGACGAACGCGUACGCGCUGUUCCGCGACCUGGACCUGGGCCGGCACGAAUUCAGCAUCGCGGCGUGCAACUCGGAGGGCAAGUCGGCCGAGCCGGCCACCCUGGUGGUACCCGAACAGGAGGACGUGCUGCCGCGUCCCCACCCGGUCACCCUUGUGGCGGAGGCGCCCGGCAGCUACACACUGGCCUGGGAACAGAAGGCAGACACACCCGUCGAUAACUACACCCUGUUCUGGUGUCAACACAUGCGCGACAGGCCCUUCCAGUGCGAGGGCCAGCUGAACUGGACGGUGGUGGACGGCUCUCUGCGGAACCACUCGCUGCGCCUGCCGGCCACCGCCGAGUACCAGUUCGCCGUGGCGGCCAACCGCGGCGCCGCCAGCAGCGGCAUGGUCUGGUCGCGCUGCGUGCUGCUCGCCAGUGGAGAGCGCACUCAGCAACUGGACAGUGUAUCGGUACAGAGUCGCGGCGCCACCGAGAUGACCCUGACCUGGCCCGACUACUGUCCUAGUCUGGCCAUGGACGGAGUCUCCUACAAGGUCUACUACUGCGCCUCUUACGAGGGCCAGUGUCUGCCUGGCGCGGCCGGCGAGGAGCAGUCGGUGGUGCAUCCGGCCGGCGAGCGGCGCUCCACGGUCCGCGUGCCCGGCCUGGCGCCCUACACCGAGUACCGACUGCAGGUGGCAGUACUCUCCGGCGCUGUGGAGGGACAGAGGAGCCACCCGCCCGUGGUGGACCGAACACUGUCGGCCCGGCCCGAGCCGCCCACAAUCACACAGGUAUCAGCGCUCAACUCUAGCGCCGUGCACGUAUCGUGGGCGGCCCCGGCCCGGCCCAACGGCCAGCUCACCCAGUACCAGCUGAAGCAGAUCGAACCUGCCGGCGGCGACACCGUCUCCCUGCCGGCCAGCACCAAGGCGCACACGGUGGUCGGCCUCCAGCCGUACCGGCGCUACACGUUCCGACUGACCGUCUGCAACAAGGCCGACUGCUCGGCGUGGUCGGCGGCCGUGUCGGGCCGCACGCUGGCCGGCCGGCCGGGCCACAUGGAGCCGCCGCGCACCCAGCUGCUGAACGCGUCGGCCGUGCGCGUCAGCUGGCGGCCGCCCACCGUGCCCGGAGGCCCGCGGCCCGUCUACACACUGCGCACUGUGUCAGAGCGGCGCGGAGUGAACACGACCACCGACCAGACGCUGCUCUACUCGGCCACAGACGGCGGUCGCCUGGUGGCCGAGCUGGCCGUGCCCGAGUGCGAGCCCGGCUCCAGUCAGCGCCACCUGUUCGCCAUCCGGGCGUCGGUGACGGUGUCGCCCGCCGGCCGGCUGGACGGCCCCUGGUCGCCGCUGACUGAGCAGCAGUGUGUGCUCGUCUCCGACUGGCCCACAGCCACCAUUGUCGGCGUGGUGGUGGGCGGGGCGCUGCUCAUGAUGUUUGUCGUGCUGCUCUUCUUCCUGCUGUGCCACCGCACCAAGCGGAAGCUGAGCGAGAUGCGGAACCUGGGUGUGAACAUGCCGGCUGGUCUGGACCGGCCGGAGAAGGCGCACGGCUUCCCGGGCGGCCCGGACAGCGGCUACGGCCGGCUGGUGAGCCAGAGCAGUGGCACCACGGACAGGACGGCCGCCUCCGUCUCCGGUCAGCCGCUGCUUCAGGAGGACCUGACUCGCGAGGAGUGUGACGGUGAGGGUAGCGAGCUCACCCCGGCCGUCAACACGGACAGCAACAGCUGCUCGUCGAGCGCCACCAACUACACUGACUCGGGCGCCGAGUGUGACAAGGUGGCCUCGUCACCGACCUACAGCAAGUUCCGCUGGCCGGUGCCGGCGGCGCCUCCCAAGCCGCAGCUGGCGCCGUACGUGCAGGCGGCCGGGCCGGAGCUGCCGGGCGCUGCGGCCGCGGCUGGCUCGGCGCCGCCCUACACCAAGUUCUCGCCGUACGUCGACGCCAAGGCUAUCCAGGCGCUGGUGGCGCGCGGCAGGAGCAUGGAGUCGCUGCCGGCCGGCGAGCCGAGCGGCGACCUGUCGCGCUCCGAGCCGGACCUGAGCGGCGCGGCCGCCGGCCCGCCGCCGCCCUACUCCCAGAUCGGCCACCGCUCCAGUACCGGCUACGUCAGCAUGCCCCCCGAGGACGGCCUGCCGGCGGCGGCGCGGCUCGGCAGCCCGCCGCCGGCUGCCGGCUGCGCCAAACCGUGCCCAGCCGCCGCCGACAAAUCGGCCGAGCGGAACGCGUACGUGGCGCUGGGUCCGCCGCCGCAGCCGUCCUCGGUGACCGGCUUCCCGCCGUACGUGCUGGCCGGACCGCCGCCGGGCGAGGCGCCGCCGGCGGUGGGCGGCUGCAGUCCGGCGCACGCCGCCGCCGCCGCCGCCGCUGCCAGCAUGUCGGUACCGACGGGCACUGCCGGCGCGCCGCCCACCUGGGCCAGCGCGCGCCUGGCGGACGGCGCGCCCGAGGUGAGCUCCGGCUACGUGCAGCACGACAAGAUGCACCCGCAGAUGGAGCUGCAUGAGCUGGCCGCCGGCGCCGCCACGGCCGAGAGCCUGGCCGCCACCGAGCCGGUGCUGUCGCCGAAAAAACUGCCCACCGUGGCCACCGCGCGCGACCCCUACUGUCGUGUAGUGACGUCGCACCAGGGCGCGCCCGACCUGGGUCCCAACGUGUCGAUGGUGUGAGCGGCCGGCGCCGCCGGCGCGCCGCGCACAGACCAGUACAAAGCGCGCGGCGCCGCUCGCCGCCAAAUCAGGGUGUGCUGUCGGAGGGCAGACGGCGACGCACUGCGCGCCAACCGCCCCACAUUGUGAUAUGUCCUGUAUUUGCUUGUUGUUACCGAUAUGGCUCGUGCGCGUGCCGGCUGGCUAGCUUCGUUACUGUUCUAUGCAGCUGUCGGCCGCACCAGUGUCGGGCCCGCUGCGCUGUACAUAGUCACACCGCGCGCGCGUGUGUGUAUGUGUAUGUAUGUGUGUGUGUGGAGAGUGGCUGCGGACGGGCGAGUGUGCGCCGCGCAGACACUCCCCAGUACGGGUUCCCGCCAAUGAGAGAUGACGAGAGCUGAGAAAUUAUAUGAUGUUGGCGAUAGAGCUGUGCGCGCUGUAGGCGGGACGCGGGCUCUAUUUUUGCUACUGGCGGAGCGCGCAGAGAGUGGGUGGACGGACGGGCCGCGCGGCCCACAAGGACCGACGUCUCUAGUCGUCUCUGGGUGUUGUGAUCGCCCGCUGUGCUGUCGGGCCGCGCCGCGCCGCGCCGCCUCGCACCGUCACUGUGCGCGCCACCAGGCGCCUAACGCUGGGGCGCUCGCUGUCGAUACGAUUAACGCUACUCAAUGGUUCCCAAUAAAUACCCAUUUUGGGCGGGCGUA